AUGGGUAAUGAUACUAUUGCUAAUCUAAUGACUUAUAUAAGAAAUGCUGAUAUGGUAAAAAAAAAAACAGUUCGAGUAGCAGCUACUAUUAUUACCGAGAACAUCACAAGGAUUCUUCUACGAGAAGGUUUUAUAGAGGAUGUUAGGAAACAUCGAGAAGGUAAACAAUCUUUUUUUGUUUUAACUUCAAAAUCUAGGGGAAGGACGCAAAAGAGAUAUAUAACCGCUUCAAAGCGUAUUAGCAAACCUGGUCUGAGAAUCUAUUCUAAUUCUCGAGAGAUCCCUAAAGUUUUAGGUGGAAUGGGGAUUGCAAUCCUUUCUACUUCGCAAGGAAUAAUGACUGAUCGAGAAGCUCGACAAAAAAAAAUAGGAGGGGAAUUAUUAUGUAUUUUAUGGUAA